CAAUCCAAGUAGUGUUUAGUAUUUGGUUGCGUCUGUGGUUGGUUGCGCCCGUUGCAGCUGUCCGAUUCGCGAAGAAAAAAACCUUGAUGCAUAUCGACGUAUUGAUACAUAAUUCCUAUGGCUUUGUUUGAUUUCGAAAACCACUACACACUUGAUUGAAGUAGGCGAUAAAGCGAACCUGCGUGUCGAUUUUCCCUUUAGCCAGAGUGGAGUGCUGACCACUUCAACAGUGUCAAUUCGCGGGGGCCAAAUUUACUGCACCGAAACGUCGAGGGUGCCUGUCGAUCAAAAUACCGAUUGUCUCCUUGGCUUAUUCCAUCGUACCGUAGAAAUGUCCACAGCAGAGUUCCUGAAGGGCCUGCCCUCUUACAACGAGAAUAACUUCACCCGCUUCCAGGCAGACUCAUCCUGCAGAACAACUGUGCGGAGGCCAUCAGUGUACCUUCCCACACGUGACCACCCCUCUGACCAGGUGAUCACAACUGAGAAGACCAACAUCCUGCUGCGAUACCUCCACCAGCAGUGGGACAAAAAGCAGAGCAGCUCAAAGAAGCGCGAUGCCGGACGUAGCGGUCUCCCCCUGGACGAUGAGACAGCAUCCAGAAAAAGGGCGCGCACCGAUACUUCCAACACCGACGCUGACUCGCCAUGAGAUUGCCAAGCAAUGUUGCCAAUGGUGGCCUGGCAGGACAGAGAGUGGUGUCCAAGAGAGACUGGGGGGUUCCUGGAAUGUCUUUGCUGGCAUUAUUCGCUGCGCAGUGGGGUCUUAUUAAAAGGAGGAAGAGGAGCUUGAGAAUGCUGGCACCAAUGAGAAUGUGCAAAGUGUUUGAUGAGUUAUGGGGAGGGGAUUGGUUGGGCUUGGGGGGUAUGCUUCUCUUUAUUUCUUUUUCUCCAAUUUGGAGGUAAGGAGGGGGGGGGGGGAGCCAUUUGUCAGCUUCUUUUACUCAAGCUGUGGUAUUUUGAAUUAGUUACUUGAGCAUUGCUCUCUUGUGAUGUCGACAUUUGUGAGAGCCUGUUAAUGUAGAGCCUCUCAAUUGGUGCUCCUUUGGUCACUUUGCUAAGCAGCAUCAUUAUCUGAUCUGUCACUUGAACUGGUUCCCCCUCUACAUGAGAUGUGCGCUCACUUCGUCGUCCUUUCCAAUUUCUACCGUCGGUGGAAAAAAAACACAGUUGCACUUUCGUUCCAUGCCGAAAUCUGAAGGUAAAACGAAGAGGGAGUGCAGAGAAGAGGGGCACGUUGGCGGUAAUUAACUCGGCCAGUGGAAAAUGCCACAGAGGGGCUUUACAUUAAAGCGCGAAGGCAUCUACCAAAGAGAGCAAAACUUGUAUAAAAAGGGCCUGGAGAUACAAUCUGCUGACGCUCAAAGGUUGGGAUAGACAACAUACAUGUUGUUUGUGCACCUCCCUUUUGUGUGACAGCAUAUAUCUAUGUACAUGUUUUCACUAUGGGAGUUGUAAACGUCAGCUGUUUGACCAUUUUUCAGUAAGAUUCAUUGCACUGGUGGAGUGAGUGAACAUGAAUGCGGUAAUGUGAUUCACAAGCACCUAACUACUUAUAGUAAUUGAGGUGCACAGUCUUGAAGGUAAAAUCUUGUGUGCAAAUAAACAGAUUAACCGAAGGCGAUGGGACACAACUUGUUUUGCUGCGCAUGUAUUGUUUUGGGCACAUGCUGUUUCACAUAGUUCAAACGGACGGCUACAGACCAUAAGGUAUUAAAUGAAAGCACCAGGCCCUAAGUCACAUUAAAAAUGUCUGAAUGCUCAUGCUCCGUUUGGUUGAAUUAGAAUAGCUUGGCAUAAAGUGCUAAACACAUUGCAGCUGGCCUGUAACCAGCUCUCAGUAGGGUCACUGCACUGUAGCAGCAGAGUUGGAAAGAUGUUUAUGUCAUUCUUUCCGAGCUUGAACUUUGAACUGCAGUAGGCAUUAGUAACAUUUCUUUGUAUGCAAGCAUAAAACAGAACCUACUGGUGUCUGUUGGAAGUUUCAUUUGUGGCUUCUGAAAGUGUACGAUGUGCAUGGGGAAGUUCUACAUUUUCAGGUUGGCAUAUCAUGCUAGAAGGCAUCAUUUAUCAUAUUGCGAAAUGUUGGGAUUGCGAUUUGUUGCGUUGAGGCGUUUACUCGAUGCGAAAACUGGGCCACGCGUAGGUACCGUUCAUUGUGUUUGCACAUUGUGCUUUCAGACUUUCACUUACUUUCUCUGUUUCCUUCAGUGAUGUGUAUUUGUGCAAGUCAAAGUGAAACGUUUGGAACACAGUUCAAUAUAGGAAAUGUUACGGUGGUCAGCUUACACACUUUAAGUCUUGCAUUUAAUUUCGUCACUUAGCUUAUGUCACUGCGCAUAUUAAGCUGCAUGUGUGCUAUCCGUUUUCGAUUUAAGCAGUCUGCUUUUAGUUGCAUCUCUCGGUAAAUUGCUUCUAGGCUAUCAAAUACUGUUUAAUGAUCUGAGUGAAGGUUAAUCAGCUACUUUCACGACAUGUGAGCACUUCAUUAUGAAUAUUUUUUACACUUUAUGUUGGAAGUAAUGUACAUUUGCAUCAUCAUUAUUGCCUUCAUAAGCAGAAGUAAAGGCAUGGUUGUUGUGAGCCUACACAGAUGACAUGUCCAAGUAUAAUACAUAACGUACCAGGUAACAUGCUAGAGUCAAAAUUAUGGUGUAAGCACUGUUUAAGCUCAGGCACAGAAAUAUAGCUGUGUAAUGGUUUUUCCUGUCCUGGGUCUAGCUUGCUUGAAGUCCGUGUAGAUAGAGCUUGCUUAACAAUGCUGCGACUGUCACAACAGUGAGGGUCAAUGCAAAGCAUUUGCCUAUGUUAUGCCAUGCAGAGUGAAACAGUGUAGUUGCCAUAGUAUCUUUUUUUUCCUCCAUUUUUCAUAACCUGUGUGAAAACCAAAACUAGACACAAGUUAUGCUGGUCGUCUAUUGUACUACAUUGUCCAAGUUUGCCACAUUAUGUGCUCAUUGGAGUAUGCUAGUGUGUCAAUGCUGUUCACGUGCUUGCCCUUGCAUGUCCUUUCUGUGUUGUUAUAUGCUCCAAAAAUGUUCAGCCCCUUGUGACAGCGUUGGGAGGGUGCUAGAGACAUUGUGUAAAUGCCGCAGUCACUGGCAUUAGUUUGUUUCGAGGGCUAUUGCGGCUCCUACUCUACAACCAUUAAAGAGCAGGGUAGUGUUGGUGAUUGCAGCACCUUCGUAAGACAUUGUGCCCCCUCUUGCUCUGGUUGCACGGGGCUGCUGCUUUUUUUUUUUUUUUAAGAACAGCUGGUAUGCAUGUAUGUUGUGUAGCUGGGGACGAAACCUUAUGGACCAUGAAUGCUGGAAAAGAAAAAAAAACAUGUCCAGGCAAAUGCAUACGGCCACAGUCCUCUGGGUGAGUUUACACUCGUAGUGGGGACACUACUGCAUCGGUUUGGACACAGACAUGAGGCACUUGCUGUGAAUUAAUUGGUGCCUUUGCACAACUUGUAGCUGCUAUCUUCGCCAGGCACACAUGCGCUCACACUGCUAAUGUCACCUGGACUUCAGGGUUCGGGGCUUCACAGCUUUAACUUAAACUCUGUGAUUCCAUUUCAAUCCCUCAUGUGACACCUGGCAAAUUCGCAAUUGGUUUUUAAAAUUGUAUGUGCUGGGUGUCUAGACGGGAAAAAUUGGCAUCUUUUUCUCUGACAAUUGUUCUAUAAGAUUUAUUAGCUGGCCGCCUAGGCAGGAAAAAUGGCAUCUUUUUCUCUGCGGCACCUGUUGACCGUAAACGUUUCGUCCCCGGUUUGCGCACAUACUCUUCAUGUGUUUUCAUGAGCACACUGCGUCAUGGACGUCAUUGUCUUCGUCGUUUCGUUCUGUUAACGAAUUGUCCCUGUCCGUGUGUGGAUCGUGUCGUGGUGACGGCGGCGGCGGCGAUGCGGAAAAAGUAGCUCCGUGUCGGUUCGGUCUCCAUGUACGCGGAUGCAUUUGCAUCCUCGCGUGCAGGCGCUUUUCUCUGCCGCCUGCCUCUUACGCGGCUCGCUUUUUUUUUUCCCUCGCCUGCCUUUUGACGCACGCCGCAAAUCCGCGGUUGCUGCUCUUUCCUCAUGGGACGGCUGUAGGAACGAGAUUUGCAAUUACAAACUAUGCAUAUCUUUGCAUUUGGAUAGCGACUAGCUAGCCUCUUCGGUUAUUUUUCUCGGUGAACCCUCGACCAGCCGCUUUUGAAGGCGUGUUUGGUUUCGUACUCUUUGUGCUGUUGUGUCGGGGGAAAAAGGCUUUGAUUUUCUUUUUUUCCCCUCCUACCUUUGUCGUUUCGUGGCGACACUGUCGCGUGGUCACGUACUCGGCCACGAAAGCUUACGGGACACGGGUUCCACGCGAAGUGCGAAUUUCGGCUCUAUUAAGGCCUGGUGCUCCUAAUUUCACGUACCACUGUGUGGUCGCGUCGGCUACGACUGAUUGAAUCUUUGGAUUCGAGGCAACGUGCCCAGACCUAGCAGAAAUUCAGUUCGCCGAUCCGUGCCCCGUAAACCUUUGUGGCCGACUGUACAUGUCUCGUACUUUUCAUUGUGUCGCGGCUUCCUGGUCUUCUUUCCCCAUUUCUUCUUUCUUUCUUCGUUUUUUUUUUGUAGCGUGGUCACGAAUGCGUGUGCGAGAAAUUGCAGUUUGCCUUUUUUAGCCACUCAAUAAAAGUUUACAGUAUG